GUUAUGGCUGCCUCUGUGCUAUAAAAGCUGGGGAGGAGAGUCUUUGGCAUUGAUCGACAGAUGACACAAAGGGAACAUGGAUUAUAAACAUUUGAUUCCGACUGCAGGUAGAAACGUAUGAACACAAGGAGCCACAGUAGGUCAACUGAAACAAGUUAUUCGUUCCUAUGUUGGGGAACCUGGAGUCAUUCCCUAUGGCAGUUGAGGAACCCACUAUCAUCAACCAGUCUCUCAUCAGCCAAACAAACUACUCUUACAAUAUAUCUGUACUGGGGAAUCAUAUGGCAAGUAAUGAUCACGUUAAUGGUAGUGGAGAUGAAAGAUGGAAGGUGAUUGAAAAAAUAGCUUUCGAUAUGGAAACUGUGUACCUUUGGGUUAUCCUUGCUUUAGGAUUUCCUGGAAACUGUGCAACAAUUGUGACGGUUAUCAAAAUGUUCACCGAGAGAUCUCUCACAAUGUAUAUCGCAUUAUUAGCCGUUGUGGAUAACCUUUCUAUCGUAGUGAAAAUACUGAUGUUUGUUCUACCGGAUAAUGGCAUCGGUGUCGGUAACUUUGGUUGCAAAACCCUUGGAUAUUUCGGAAACGUUUUAAGUACAUUUGCAAAUUGGCUACUUGUGGCGAUGUCCAUAGAAAAAGUCGCGGCCGUUUGGUUUCCUCUGAAAUUUGUGCAGAUCUGGUCCCCUAAGAAGUCCCUCUCUGCCGUGGUGAUCAUGGUUGUUCUUCUGUCAGUCAUGUUCCUUCACCUGUUCUGGAUGGUGCGGUUCGUGGAUGACAAAGAUGCUGGCAUGAUGUACUGUAGUAUCUACGACGAGUACAAAUACUUUAUGGUGCAUAUUUGGUACUGGAUGAACGUUCUCAUCUAUGCAAUAUUGCCAUGCAUUUUGCUGACGGUUUUUAAUUUGUUGAUCGUGGUUGGAGUUGUAAAAGCUCGAAAAGUUCGGCGGCGCUUUAAGAGUAAUUGCUACAAUAAGCACAAAAACAUCAGCGUUGAUCGACAUCGUCCUAUUACGCUUAUGUUAGUCGCUGCAGCUGUGUCCCUAGUUAUUCUCACAAUUCCUCGAUGUGUGAUGCUAAUUUUGACUCCAUAUUUGAACUUCCCGGGGGGAACAAUAGAAGGGUCUGUUGAAUACCUUUUAGACUGUAUAGCAUUUGUUUUAUGCGAUUUCACACACGCCAUAAACUUCUAUGUAUAUUCGUUGACCGUUGAAAUAUUCAGACGUCAAUUUAUUGAUAUUCUGAUGUGUCGGAAACAGUCAACGACCCCUCUCCAAACUACGUAUACAUCGUUGUCGUUUCGGUCUUCCCACCUUGCCAGCAGACACAGUAUACGUAGGGAAAAUCCUCCUGUUCGGUUUGGAAAACCUGUUGAAGCUUAAAACGUUGUUUUUUCUGAAAAUUGCAGGGUGAUGGUUUUCUGGAUGUAAUUGGCUUGAUAACGAGUCAGCUAUUUUUCUGGUCAACGGUAAUGGUGCAAUAUCUACUAAAGUUGAUUCAAAACAGCAUUAGGUCCACUGCCUGGCGAGUUUGGGUUUAUCGGGAUAUCAGGGGAUAUCAGUCCUCAAAUUGGAAUACGAUUCUAUCUUCAACUGAUUUGGUAGCUAUUAUUUGAGGUCAUUUCACUCACAGUGAAACUUCUUCCUUGCUUUUGUGAUUAUGUUCAAGAAUAUGUUUUAAUUAAAUUGAUGUAAAUGUUGUAGGUAUAUAUGUUGCCAAUACUCUGCCUCGUGUUUUAUGGACACUUAAAUGCAUUGUUUUAAUUUAGUAGUAUCUAUCGUGUCAUCAAAUUAUUUGAAUGCCUGAAAUCUUAUUAAAAUUGCCAGAAAGGUAAAUGGUUCUAUCUACAAUAUAAGGCAAGAUAAGGCAAGACAAAACCACUUAAUUUUCACUGAACUAAAAUUUCUUUGGGAUGGUGGGAAUAAAAGGGUCGUAAACGUUGUAACGAAAAGGUCGUUUGAAAAGAGUAUGUGCAUUUAUAUAGACAUAUAUGUGGUAGGUCAGAAAGCAUCAAAUAAAACCUGCUACUGUAAAGACUUCUCUUUUCACAAGAACUGAUAUUGAUUGCAGUUUUCUUUGUGUGCCUUAAACGUUUCAAGGGGCUUUUUCGUCAGUGACACAAAUGCAACUGAUCACUUAAGACAGUGACAGUGUUAAGUGUUUUGUGUGCAUCGAAAUAAAUUCCCCGUUGCUAAAACAUGUUGUAUCUUAACUUGACACUAAAAGUAUGACUGGCGCCUGAUUCGUUUUUAUUGAUGCUGAUUGUAAUAUCUUUGACAAUUUUGUAUAAACAUGUCAACGUUGAAUAUUUCUUACAAAUUAAUCAUACCAUUUUCCAUCAUAGGUUAUAUAAAGGCAAAACACAGAAUAGUUACGAUAAAGUUUUCGAUGAGUGCCUUAAUCAAACCAAUUUUACACUGUAGCACUUUUGAGUAUUUGAGAAAGCAGAUUACAUUUUUUAUUUGUUUUAUGUUCAAUGAACAAACAAGAUUAUAUUGAAAGUGAAAACAAUGAACAUUUUGCGAAAGUAACAUCAAUGAUGCCCCGUGUUGUUAGAGAACAAAAUUAUUUCAGUAUUAAGUCAAAACAACAAUACAAAAUGAAAACAUCAACGCCUCGAUUAUCUGCCGAAAAGAGUUGAUGAUAUAAAAAGAAAUACAAUUCAGAUCAAUUCAUAAAUCGUUCAUGGAUAAUAACAUAAGAUUAAUAUGAAUAAUGUCGACAAAAACAAAUAUAUAUGAUGAUGUUCACAAUAUUUGUUUGAAUGUCUAUCCACAAUUGUAUGUGUGAAUACGCACCUAUUCUACUCAUGGACAUGUGUGUGCGGGUCUAUUGUUGACUAGAUAUUCGUUACAAUUACAAUGGUAUUAUUUUUUAGCAUUAUCAAAUUGGUUAUAUUUCAAAUUCGUUUACCAUCGCUCGUGCAAACCAAAUAUCACCGAGCGUAUUUUGAGAAGUAAAAUAAAACAGGAUAUAUUACACGUGGUAAUAUUAAACGUAGUAGGCAAUUGAAAUCAUAUUAUUGGUAAUAUAAUGCCUGGUAUUGAUUGUUUGCCAUUGCGAGAUAUUACAUUUAUGACAUGGUGCCCAGCUCCAACUUGUGUACACCACAAGGGCCAUCAAGUAUUGGUGCAUGUUACUCCACUUUCCGGGUUAGAAUUGGUCUUCAGCAACCCAUGCUUGCCGUAAAAGGCGACUAUGCUUGUCGUAAAAGGCGUAAAACGGGAUAGGGUA